AUGAAAGAUAACCAAAACACAAACAAUCGUAACGGUGAAACACUAGAGCAGAUUGUUUUAAAUGUUGGCGGCAUUAGGUACGAAACAUAUCGUUCCACUUUGACAUCAUAUCCCAAUACACUUCUUGGAACAAUGUUUGCUGAGCGGAACAAAGCUUUAUUACACCCAAUCAACGGCAAUGAGUAUUUUAUUGAUCGUAAUG